UUUGGCUCAUGCUGGCUCAAGAGCGGCUAGCGAGGCCCACCGCACCGAAACCCACACCCAGCGCCCAGUGAGCUGCCCAUGCCGCUGCCUCCGACGACUCUGCCCAUCGUCCGGCGCGGCUCCCGCCUGCUCCCGCCGGACGCCGCCGAGGAGGGCCCCGGCCUGCCCGCCGCCCGCCGCGCGGCCGCGGGCCUCCUCUCCGGCGGCUCCAGCGAGGCGACCUCCGACGCUGGGGACGAGCGCAGCGUCACGGUCAAGAACACGUUCCUGGACGUGUCCUCCAGCGAGGACCUCGCGGAGUCGCCGCGGCUCGCCCAGACCUGGAGCGUGGGGGCCUGGACCGCGCAGGUCUGCUCCGCCCGCCCGGAGCCCCGGGGGCCGCGGGCGGAGGAGGCCGCCCCGUGCCUUUUCGAGAGCACCCCGUGGGGCGACUCGCCCGCGGCCAGGGCCGCGAGCCUGCUGCCCCAGGAGCCCGCGCGGGAGGUCCUGCUGCAGGUCCCCCUGCGGCUGUGCCCGGGCCACCCGCUCGCCGGUGGGGCGCUGGGCGGCCUCGAGGUGGAGGUGCGGCACGAGGGCGGCCAGACGGUCGUCACCCUGCGCCUCGGAGCGGGCCGCCCCGGGGACGUCGCGCUGGCGUCCCCGCCUUCGGUGGCCAGCGCGGCCCCGUCCGCGGCCUCGAGCCAGGCCUCGAGCCCAACGCCCUCCGAGAGGGGCGGUGCACCGCCGCCUCCGCCCUCGGCACGGCCGAGGCGCGGCGGCGCCACGGGCGCGGGCGCGAGGCCCGCCGGGGAGAAGAGCGGGAUGGUCUGCUGCCACUGGAAGAACAAGGGUUGGUGCAGGUACCAGGACACCUGCAAGUUCCAGCACCCGCCGCACAAGCAGGGCGCGGGUCUCGCCGCGGAUGCGGCCUCGGCGCUGGCCCAGCAGCAUGCGCAGCAGCGGCGGCACGCGCCCGGCGCAGCGCCGCAGGUCAGCACCAGCCCGGAGGCGUGGGGCGUGGGCCCCGCGGCCGUCCUCACGGGUUUCGGGCCGCCGCCCGCGCCGCCGCCGGCAUAUCCUCCCAUGCUCGCCCGACCCGCUGUGGCCGCCGUGCCUGCCCGGUAGGCUCGUCCGCGGCGGCUGCGUUGCAGGGGCGUGGCUCGGGCGGGUCGGGCCGCAGAGGCCGGGUCCAGAGCAGCGGGCCUGUGGCGGCCGUGAGCGUGGGAGCCGCAGGGUCGUCGGAACCAGAGCUAUCCCCCGCAGGCCGCGGCAUGUCCAGGUCGCCUCUGAUGGAAAGACGUUGGAGGCUGAAUUACCCGAACCAUGGUGCUCGGACGUAUGCCAUAGCUAAGUCAUGGCAGAUUCGGUGCACCAGUUUCCUCCGGUCCUUGGGGCCUCGAGCGCACGUGCGCGCAAACGUGGAGAGCAAGUGGUUUCGAUUUUUGUUGGUGUGUUGAACCCGCAGUUUCUUUUAGUUGGUCUUCCAAGCCGUCUGAAUCCGAAAGCCACAUGUGCUUUCUGGCAAUUCUGUUGCCCACUGACGAGGUGAUCCUUUUGUCUUGCGGGGCAUUCAGUCGUUUGCGUUGCCGCCGCAGUGUGCCUGCUGACCAUUGCCGAGAUGAUACUGUCAUCGUUUGGGGUAUUUUGUCGUCCGUGCCCCCGUGCCGGCAAGCCAUCGCUCAGAUGGCAGGGAGACUUGCUAAGCCUCGACUCCGCUCGUGGUUGCCAGGGGGAAAACAAAU